AUGUUCAGAGAUUCAGUCCUGUCCGGCGCCGUUACAUGUGAAGAUACUCGAGCAUCCGAGAUCGGCACCACCAUCUUAUCGGAGGGAGGUAAUGCAGUAGAUGCUAUAAUAGCUACUAUCUUAGCGGUAAACACUCUAUGUCCAUACCAUUCUGAUAUUGGAGGAGGUGGAUUUGCUAUUUUGAGAACUGGCGAUGGUGAGAUCAAAAGUUUGAACUUCAGACAUACUGCUCCUGCAGCUGCAAAUAACGAGUUCUACAAGAACCCGGAAGUAUCUUCGUCCAUAGGAGGUGCAGCAGUCGCUGUACCAGGGGAAAUCAAAGGGUUGGAAGAGUUACAUGGGAAAUACGGAAAGUUACCUUGGGAAAAGUUGUUGGAACCGUCGAUUAGGCUCGCAGAAGAUGGGUUCGAGGUGAAACAGGAUUUGCACGAAUUCAUCACUGCAGAAUGUAAUCCACCUGGAUCAUCAAAUCUCUCAGGCUCAUGGAUGGAGAACGAUUCAUGUUAUUCCUCCUUAUUUGUCGAUGGUCAAGCUAUACCUGUAGGCUCGACAUGGAAAAGACCAGAAUAUGCCAAUACCUUGAAGCAGAUAGCCAGAGAGGGGUCGAAAGCGUUCUACGAGGGUGAGGUGGCCGAGGCUUCGGUGAAAGUGGUGCAGGAACGAGGAGGGUUGAUGACCUUACAGGAUCUGAAGGAAUACAAAGUAGAAUGGAACCAGCCAUUAUCGAUACCUUACAGAGAUUAUACCAUAUACGCAACGCCCGCUCCAGCCUCAGGUGCGAUCUUCUUAUCUGCUUUGGGGAUGUUGAGCCAUUUCGAACCUGAAGGUAAUGGUAGUGUGAAAGAUUUACAUGUUUUGACCGAAUCUUUGAGGCUCGCAUAUGGUCAGCGGACUGCGUUAGGCGAUCCAAACUAUGUUCCUGGACUGCUCGAAAAACAGGCAUCCUGGCUUACACCAGAUGCCUUAGAAGAAAAAGCAAAGCUGAUCACUGAAAAGACCCAUGAGCCGGACUACUAUAAGCCACCCAAAGUCGAAAUUGUAAAUGAUCAUGGAACUUCCAAUAUCACUGUGGCCGAUGCUGACGGCUUGGUCGUGUCGAUCACCACGACUGUUGGAUUAGCUUGGGGUUCUCGCGUUAUUGUACCUGGGUAUGGAUUCGUGUUGAACGAUUCUAUGGAUGAUUUCUCAGUGGAGGGUCGACCGAAUCAGUGGGGUUAUGAACCUCAAGUGGCUAAUUAUGUUUUCGGUGGUAAGAGACCCCUAAGUUCAAGCUGUCCCUAUAUCAUCACCCGUACUACCACCAACCAGCCACACGCAUCAGGAGGUGCCGCAGGUGGAUCAACAAUCAUCUCGGGGAACGUUCAAGUCGCAAGGAAUAUAUUGGAUUACGAUUUAUCAGCGAAGGAGGCACUGAGAGCCAACAGGUUGCAUAAUCAGCUAUUACCGAAUGUCUCCGAGUUAGAACAGUCUUCUACGCAUCAAGGUAUCACAGUUGAUGGGUUUAGCGAAGAACAAGCCAAAGGAUUGGAAAUGAAAGGACAUCAGAUCAAGUUGGUCAAGAAGAAUAGGACUACACCUGUGGUGAUGAGAAUGUACGACGGAAAGAAAGAAAGAUGGGAGGUGGGAGCCGAACCUAGAAGGAAUGAUUCGGGUGGUAGUGUUUUCAUCGCUCCAUGA